GAUAAUUUCUUAAUUAUUUUAAUUAUAUUUCUGAUAGGAUAGAUAGAAGAAAAAAGUCAAGAGGAGAUGAAGCAAAAUCAGAUGAAAUCAAGAAUAGGAGAGGAUUUGGUUGCUAUAUACUACUGGGCAAUUUUAUUGAAUCAGAGAUCAAGAAAAAGGGCUCUUCCUCACUCUGCCACCCAAUGCCAUCUCUCUCCUUCUUCAAAACUAAGAAAUGGUAAAACAAAUUCUUCAGUUAGCAAGAUUAACAAAACUGGAGAAAAGGUGGACUCUUUUGCAAAAGGCAUCAGAGAGCAUGUGAGACUAAGGCCAAAGAUAACAGACACUGUGAAGGGCAAGCUGAUCCUUGGGGCAAAACUUCUCCAAGCUGGUGGCGUCCAAAAGGUGUUCAAUAAGAACUUCAUCAGUACUGUUAGAGACGGCGAAAAGCUAUUGAAGGCAUCUCAAUGUUAUUUAUCAAUAACAUCUGGUCCAAUUCCUGGCCUGCUCUUUGUUUCUACACAUAAACUUGCCUUUCUUAGUGAGAGAUCAAUCAAAAUCCCGUCUUCAACUGGAAAGUCCAUGAGAAUGCAUUAUAAGGUAUCAAUCCCAAUUGCAAAAAUUAAGAGAGCAAAUGAAAGUGAGAAUUUGAAGAAUCCAUCAGAGAAGUACAUACAAGUAGUCACAGAAGACCAUUUUGAGAUCUGGUUUAUGGGGUUCCUAUAUCAUCAAAGAACCUUGAUAUACCUCCAGGAUGCAAUUUCUCAAGCUCAGUAACCUUAGAAUAUCCAUUAUGAUCAGGAACAAAUUAUUCUUUCAUUAUAGAUUGUAAACAAAGUUGUAGAACCCAAAAAUCUGUAUAUAUAUAUGAUCUGAGUAAUUGUUUAAACUGUUCAGGAAAUUUAUUGAGCAUCCUCAUUAAAACUGACCAAUUCUGUGA